AUGUCAAUGUCAAAGUCAGCAGGGUGUCACUGGAAUCAGUGUGUUUUUAAUUAUUGAAUCUAUUUCUUAAAAUUUAUCUUUUAAGGAGAGAUAAUUAUAGUUGAAAUUAAUUACAAGAAACCAUGUUUCUUACAAAUGUAUUAUUUAAGAAAGCUAAAAGCAAGCACAUUAUGGUAUUAAUGGAGAGCAUGGUAUCAGGCCAUAAGUUCAACGCUAUCCGGGAGCGACUGGCGGACAAAUUAGAAUUAAUAAGAUUCGACCCUUACAUUCGGCAGCUAAGUCUGUACAAGGAAAGGAAGAAGAUUAGGAGCAUCAAGUCCUCAUAAAUCAGGUCCUAAUAUAUUCUGUCAAACAAGUCUGUCAGUAAAUAAGAACUAAGAAAACUAUAGGUACCCUUUUUUCUAGCACCCUAAAGAAAAGGAUGCAUAUAGUUUUCUUUGUUCUUAUUUACUAACAGACUUGGUUGAUAGAGUAUAUAUCUCACUCUAAUAUAGGUAGUCCGUAAAGUAAAUAGCCAGUGUUGUGUUUAAAAUGUUUUAAUUUAAUUAUUGUACAUUAAACAAUAAAUAAAUCAUUGGAUACAA